AUGACCUCAACCCUUCCAGCAGGAAAAAAUCACAAGGUUUUUGCAGACAACUACUUCACAUCAGUUCCGUUGGUGGAACACUUGAAAGAAAGAGGAAUCUACUACAUCGGCACAGUUCGAAUGAACAGGACGAGAUCAGCAGACAUUGAGAUCUGGGGAGAAAAGCAUGCCCUUGCGAAGAUUUCAAGCUGCUGUUGGAAACUCUCUCACAAGUGCAGGAAAGGCCAGGAUCAGGAGUGGCAGACCACAAACAUCUUCCAGAGCUGGAGGGACACCUGCCCUACGCAAAAGGCCAUGCGCUCGUGUGCCCUCUGA